GGAACAUCGGAUUCGUCUCAUCAUCGACUGACUGCACGCCUACAGAGGGGCUGCCUUCGAAUCCUUCGAGCCUAUGCCUUCUACUGGCGAUGAGAGCGUUGUAACGCACGAUUGUUAUUAUAACCCGAGCCAUGCAAGAAGGCCAGGGCAUGAGACUUUCAGCUCUUCCCGCACACGAUGGAUAUUUUUUGCUCUUGGUAUUUGUGUGCUUCUUCCAUGGAAUGUGAUGAUCAAUGAAAUGACAUAUUUCGUCUCGAAGUUGGAACACUCCGCAUACCAGGACGCGUUCCCGUCCUAUCUAAGCGCUUCAAUGUCCUUGGCUAAUUUUGCAUUUAUGAUUCAUGCCACGUUCUAUGCUACCUCUACUCCAUCCAGGAUCCGCAUCAAUAGAUCUAUCCUUAUUGUUAUUGCGAUGCUCGUUGUUCUUACCAUUUCGCCACUAUUUCCUUUUUCCGGAGGGUUAUUCUUUAGUAUCAUCAUACUGAAUGGCGUCAUUCAAUCCGCUGCUGGUUCGUACUUUCAGACAGCAGUCGUCGGGAUUGCGGCGUUGUUUGGAUCCAGUGCGCUUCAGAGUCACUUCAGUGGGCAAGCGGCAUCGGGUGUCGUUGUCUCUGCCAUUCAGUUUGUUUCCGUGUUAGUCAGUGCGAAGAAUGAGUCCAAGGACAUUGCUUCGUUGGCCCUCCCGCCAUCUCAGUCCUUUUCUGCUUCAUUGUUUUUUGGAGUGACCACACUGUGUAUGGCUAUGGCACUAGUUGCCCAUUCUGCAUUGCAGCAGACACCGUCAUACCACGCAGUUGUCCUCACAUUUGAACAAAGCAAAGGAACCAUUGUCGAAGUAGUUGGACGGGAAGAAGUACCUGAAGAGAACCAGCCCUUUAUUUCACAGGAUGUGCAAGUGCACAUCUCGAGUACCGUCAAAGUAUCAGAUAUGGCUUGGACGAAUGCAGUGUACAAUGUCGCCGUUGCUUAUGUUUUCAUUGUGACUUUGUCUGUUUUCCCUCCCAUCACAAGUUCUAUUUACUCCGUGAACCAAGGAACGGGCUGGGUUCUUACUCAGCCUGCCCUAUUUGUCUCAUUGCAUUUCCUCAUUUUCAACGUCGGCGACUGGCUUGGCCGUCAUUUGUGCACAUAUCCUCAAUUACUCGUCUGGUCGCCUCAAAAAUUGGCGAUACUUUCAUUCUGUCGCACAAUAUUUAUUCCAAUCUUUUUGGUUUGCAACGUGAACGGUGUCUCGUCUCCCGCCUCACUAGGCACGGUCAUCAUCAACUCCGACAUUUUGUUCCUUAUCAUCGUUCUUAUGUUUGGUACUUCCAAUGGCUAUCUGGCGUCGAUGAUCAUGGCAGCGGCGUCAUCGAUAAAGCAUAAUCCGAUCCUCAAAAAAGAGCAGAUUGAAGGUGCUGCCACCGUCGCCCAGUUCUUCCUCAUCGGCGGGAUCCUCGUCGGAAGUAUAUUUAGCUUCUUAGUCAAGCAUCUCAUUUGCCGGUGUAACCCAUUCUAUGCAUAAGCUCAAACCUAAUCAGCGCAUGUAUGAUACACUAAUUGAUAUCAGUUUGUCUUCGUCUCGACUCCAGGGACAACUUGAUUUUUCGUCCCAACUUGCAAAACCAAGUUCCGUAAUCGCCGCAGUCUCCUCUCCCCCUUCCUGGCCUUUCUUAUUGACCGCUUGGAGGUUCGCUCCAAGCCGCCACGCUGCACCCAACGUCGGUAUCGAGCUUCUUUUCCGUCGUGUUUCAUCUUCGCGUUCCAUCUAAAUAUUGCUUCCCGACGAGCUACGGCACGUUUUCGACCACGAAGAUCUAACAUCU